AUGGCAAACAACCAACAAGCGUCGCCGUCGUUUGACCGCUACGUCGUCAUCCAUGUUGCCACGACUUGCGACGAACAUGGUGUCUAUGUCACCAAGGACUCUGCCGAAGUUAUUGAGAUUGGUUGGAUCCUGCUCGACGCAAAGAGUUUGGAUGAGCUUUACCGCGAAAGCGUUCUCGUCAAGCCGAUAAACACGCCCAUUACUCCCCUGUGCAGUGAGUCCGGAUUCUCCCAGUAUGCACCGAUUGCCGACAAUCCGGCAGCUGGCUCUAUGUCGGUGGCGAACAGUAGGGAUGCGAGCCUUACCACACUCACCUGGGAGCAUGUUCGCAACGCCGGGAGCUUCCGUGACGCUGUUAACCGCUUCGACACAUUUGCCUCUGAACACUUGACCUCGCAGAACCUCGACUUUGUUUUCGUCACGCUCGAUGCCUGGGACCUCCGUGUCCAGCUGCCCCGUGAAGCUCGCGACAAGGCUGUCGUUCUGCCUCCCUACCUGCAGCACUCUCGCACCUUUGACCUUCGCCAGGAAUACCAGAGAUGGCAGCAGCACCACCCGGAGUCGCUGCCUUUCGGCCCUUCAUCGCUAGCUAACAUCUGCGCUGCCCUCGAAGUCGAAGCUGUCCAGUCCAGUGCCCCCAUUAAGCACAACCUCCCCUUCCACCUGCAGGCAUUGGCCCCGGCCUCGCCCCGUCGAGCCAUGGAGGAGGCUGUCACUCUAGCUCGUGUCCUACGCGGCCUGAUCCGCAAGUCCCAGCCGGCCCACGAGCACGCUGAUGUCCUGGCUCGUCCCAUGGACGCGCGUGCGGAUGUCAGAGCCUUCCUAUCGGAAAGGAGUAAGGUUUUGCACAUGUCUGGUCUUCCCCAUGACACCACGCAGUCUGAGCUGGAGAGCUGGUUUACCCAGUUUGGUGGUCGCCCCAUCGCUUUUUGGACGCUCCGCACCCCUGAGCAGCACAAGCCCACCGGCACCGGCUUUGCUGUUUUUUCGUCUCACGAAGAGGCUGCCGAGAGCCUCUGCAUGAAUGGCCGUGCCCUCAACGAGAAGGCCAUUGAGGUGUCGCCGUCGUCCAGCCGCGUUCUUGACCGUGCUGCCGAGAUCCUUACCCCGUUCCCCCCGAGCAAGAACCGCCCGCGUCCUGGGGACUGGACCUGCCCGUCUUGCGGCUUCUCCAACUUCCAGCGCCGCACAGCUUGCUUCCGUUGCUCCUUCCCUGCCGUCAGCGCCGGCCCGACUGGCGACAUGGGCGGUGGCGGCUACUUCUACGGCCCCCAGUCGAUGAUGCCGCCCCAGCAGCAGCACGGUAACCACCAUGGUCAUGGCCACGGCCACGGCCAUGGUCACGGUCACGGCCACAUGGGUGGUGGUGGUCACGGAGGUGGUCGUAUGGGUGGUAGUGGUGUUGUUCCCUUCCGUGCAGGCGACUGGAAGUGUGGCAACGAGGCAUGCGGUUACCACAACUUUGCGAAGAACGUCUGCUGCCUGCGCUGUGGAGCUAGCCGUGCGACCGCAGCCGUUGUUGCGGACUCGGGCUACCCGUCGCCCAUGGACAGCGGCUCGUCCUACAACAUGAACCAGAAUUCCAUGGGUGGUAACCCCGGCCCCGGACCUUUUGCGGCGGGUGGUGGGCCCUUCGCGUCUGGUGGCGGUGCUGGUGGCGGCGGCUAUGGACAACAGUUUGGUGGCCCCCCAAGUACCUACGCGCUUCCGUCGGGUCUCGGUGGUAGCAAUGCUGCACCGUAUCCGCCUCUGAACACACACUUCGGCCCCGUCUCGAGCUCUCACUCCGCCGGUCCCUUUGAUAGCCGUGCUGCUGAGGCUGCGUUCCAGUCUGCGACUAACGGCCCCGCAUCUGCUGGCCCAUCCAACAACUUCUACUCGCAGAACGACCCUUUCGCCUUCCUGUCGUCUGGUAUGGGCGGACUGUCAGUUAACAACUCGGUCGAGAACCGCCAGAAUGGUUCCGGAGCGCCCCCUAACAAGUCGCCUGCUUGA